UUACCGCAUGCCUACAGACUUAUUCAGGCGCUGGGAUAGUCAGGAUGGAGCCUACUUGCACGGGUUUGAGUCAGAUGCAGGUUCUAAUGAGUUUAGUGACAUCGCUAAUCAACGCACAGACCCCAUCUGACCUCAGGUCACCUUCUAAAAUUCACGAUGGAGACCGCUAUGACUUUGUAAUAGUCGGUGGUGGGUCAGCGGGGUGCGUCCUGGCUAACAGGCUGUCCGAAGUGCCCCAAUGGUCGGUUCUUCUCCUAGAAGCAGGAGGAGAGGAGCCUUUCGAGGCCGACGUACCCGGGUUCUUUACAUACUCUUGGGGUACCCGGAUGGACUGGAGUUACGAAGGAGUGCCAGGUGUGAUUUGCGGAGGACUUCCAUGUCCAAUCGUCAGAGGGAAGGGUCUUGGAGGUUCUAGCUCCAUCAACGCUAUGCUCUACUUCAGGGGCAACAAAUUGGACUACGACCACUGGGCCCAAAUGGGUAAUGAAGGUUGGGAUUUUGAACAUGUCCUGCCGUAUUUCAAGAAGUCUGAACAUAACUUGGACCCGGAUGUUCGUAAAGAUACGGAAUACCACGGAGUUGACGGAUAUUUAAGCGUCGGAAGGUUCACAUUUCAGGGUGAGACGGUGGGUCGCCUCACUGAAGCUUUUAAGGAAAUAGGAUAUACAGAAGUAGACAGCAAUGGUAAACACCAGAGUGGAUUCAUGAUCGCUCAAAUGACACAAAGAAAUUCCUUACGUCAGAGCACAAACAGAGCAUUUCUUGAGCCUAUACUGAAGAGGAGACCAAAUCUUAAGAUCGUAACAAAUGUCAGAGUCACCAAGAUACUCAUAAACGAAUCUAAUAUGGCGUAUGGCGUGCAGUAUAUUUUAGAGAAAAAUAGACAUGUGGGAGGUAAAAUUUUUGCCUCCAGAGAGGUUAUCGUCAGUGCUGGAGUCGUUAAUUCACCACAGUUGCUCAUGCUUUCUGGAAUUGGUCCGAAAGAAGUUCUUCAACCACUGAGUAUUCCUGUAAUGAAAGAUCUGAAAGUAGGGGAAAACCUUCAGGAUCACGCUUCAACACCUGGUGUUUUCUUCACGCGUCCCAAACACGAGAAGCCUCAGUUUUCUGGUACCAGUAUAUUAAUGGAUAUAUUGAAUUACGCCGAGCCUAAAAGGCACGGCCCUUUGACAUCAACAGAAUUAAACCAAGUUGUGGCUUACACAAACACAAAAUAUUCAAAUUCAUCCAUCGAUUAUCCAGAUGCAAUGAUUUUCUUCUUAGAUCUGGCUGCCAAAACACAGAGUGAAACAGAUAAAGUGGUAUUUCUUCCAACAGUUCUCAGACCCAAAAGCCGAGGCAAGAUUACCAUCAACACUACAGAUCCUUUCUCAUCCCCUCUCAUCCAUCAGAAUUACUUCAGCGAACCUGACGACAUUAAAAUACACAUCGACAUCUUUAACGUAGCUAAACAACUCGCAGAAACAUAUGCAAUGAAGAACACAGGUUACGUUUUAAACACAACAUUUUUACCAACAGAAAAUGACUUCAAAACCGGGAAGAACCCUCUUUGGAGACAUCCUGAAUUUUUAUCUCAAUUUUCAAUUUUUCAUCUCUGUGGGACAUGCAAAAUGGGACCGGAUGACGACGAAACUGCAGUUGUAGAUCCUUCAUUAAGAGUUCGUGGCAUAGGGAAACUGAGAGUUGUUGAUGCGUCCAUAAUGCCAUAUAUUGUGAGCGGGAAUAUAAAUGCCCCUACAAUCAUGGUCGCUGAGAAAGGAGCGGAUUUGAUUAAGAGAUACUGGGGAAGAGCUCAUGAUGAGAUCGAAAGAGCAUAAGAAACUGUACACUUGUUACUCUGUUAUCAUAUAAACAUUAGUUCUGCCAAUAAGACAUUCGAGAUUCAGUAUAGACAAACUUGAUGUGAACAAUAUUAAAAAUACAAUCAGGGAACACUCAAGCAAAAUGAAGAAUGCCGUCUACUGUGAUGUGGGGCUGU